GAAAUGUUUGUUUUUUUUUUACAUUAUGAUAUAUAUAUACCCCAACACAUCCAUCUACUCAUUCUUAAAAAUUACUAAUGGAUUCAUUCUCUGAUAGACAUGAUUUCUCAUUAGUGGAUAGUCGUGAACGUCAACGUCAGCGUAGUGUUAAUCAAGCAUUUGCCGAGCUCAGAUAUAUCCUACCUACACAUCCACCGGAUAAAAAAUUAAGCAAACAUGAAAUUCUACGCCUCAGUAUAAAAUAUAUUCAUAUUUUAGAAACUAUUCUCAAGUAUCAAGAAGAAGUAGAAGGACGUUUACCUAUUUCAAGUAUAUCACAUAUUUGUACAGCAACAACAACAACAUCAUCGUCAUCAAAAUCCAAAUAAACAAUCAUUUUCAA